UUUUACAAAUACAUCAAAUCUGGUUUGCUGUACAUUUGAAUUCUCCUUUGCCUUCUACAGUAAUCUUAAUAAGCUUUGAUCAGUUUAUAUAAAAAUUUAAAAAUGUUUAGUCUUCGGUUGUUCACCCAGGUAUGCAGAGUGCCUCUUGUUCCCCCCAAGUAUGGAUGCGCUGGCAGCAGCAGGCGCGGUCUUAAGGUCGCCGUUGUGGGUGCAGUGGGUGGAAUCGGACAACCGCUCGCCCUUCUUCUCAAGCAGAAUCCCCACAUCUCGGUGCUAACUCUGCACGACAUAAAGAAUACUAAUGGAGUUGCUGCAGAUCUAUCGCAUAUCAAUACGAAAUCUACGGUGUGCCCAUUCGAGGGAAAGGAUGGAUUAAAAAAGGCAAUUGAAAAGGCGGAUAUAGUGGUGAUUCCGGCAGGUAUGCCCCGACAGCCCGGAAUGAAACGAGAGGAUUUGGUGGGCGUGAAUGCUAGCGUGGCUUGCGAAGUUGCAAUUGCAGCCAGCGCCGUUUGUCCUGGAGCCAUGCUCGCCUUCAUCACGAAUCCAAUCAACGUGAUUGUACCCAUCGUGGCCACUAUUCUCAAGGCCAAAGGUACAUAUGACCCGAAUCGACUCUUCGGAGUUACCACCCUCGAUGUGGUUCGAGCUAAGACUUUUGUUGGUGAAAUCCUUAAUGUUAGUCCACAAAAUGUCAAUUUGCCCGUCAUCGGUGGCCAUACCGGUCGCACUAUCCUGCCCAUACUCUCACAGUGUGAUCCUCCCUACAAGGGCAACGACAAGGAACGAGAUGCACUGAUCCAUCGCAUCCAAGAUGCGGGCACAGAGGUGGUCAAUGCCAAGGCUGGUCUGGGAUCCGCUACCCUAUCAAUGGCCCACGCUGCAGCUACCUUUGUUAAUUCUCUUAUCAAGGCUAUCAUGGGCUCAAAAGAGUGUAUAGUGGAGUGUGCCUAUGUGGAAUCGGAUGUGACUGAGGCCCAGUUCUUUGCUACCCAACUGAUCCUGGGCCCCAAGGGUAUCAAGCAUAAUGUCGGACUGCCGGAAUUGGACGAUGCGGAGCAGAAAGCCUUGAAGUUUAUGCUGCCCAUCUUGAAGGAGAGUAUUGCGAAAGGUAUCAAGUUGGGAGAGGAUAUGGUCGAUUGUUGUUAAUAUUGAAUUUGUUUUUACCUAAACUUAUUUCAAUUAAAAAUUAAGGUUAUUUUUUACAGAA